GGGACAGCAAAGUUGGGUGAAGAAGAGAGUGCUGGAGGUGUAUCAGAGUUAAACAGCUAAUUUUCUUAAUUUAUCGCAAGAUUACACGGUUCCAGCUCGUCGUGUUGCUCGGAGAAAGUUUGCACCGUGAUCAUAUACUUUCUGACUGCCAGGAAUAACCACAGAGGAUUACAUUAUCACGUUUUAUAUUUAAACUGCUCUUAUAAACUCCUUUUUAAGGUCAGCAAAUUAAAAUGCGACUGUUUGCACUUGUGCUAAUAUUCUUCUUCUCCACUCGAACCUGCACCGAGGACGUUAAAAGCUGCCCUAAUGGCUGUGAAUGCACGGACUGGAAAGGUUAUUAUGUUUCGUGUACAGAUAUAGCCACCUUGCCUAUAUUUCCUGGAAACACGGAGACACUACGUCUCUAUGAAACAAGACUGAGCUCUGUUCCUCAAGAUGCAUUUGUCAACAUGGUGAACAUUUCAUUAAUUUAUCUCUCAGUUGAUGUCACAUUAAGAAGUUUAGAGAAGCAUUCAUUUUUCAACCUGAAGAAGAUUACACAUGUAGAAAUAAGAAACACCAGAAGUCUGAUGUCUAUCGAUCCUGAAGCUUUCAAGGAUCUACCAGAGUUAAAAUACUUAGGUUUGUUCAAUACUGGUCUCACCAUCUUUCCUGCACUGACGAGGAUCCACUCUCAUGAAUCAAAUUUUAUGCUAGAAAUUACUGACAAUCUUUACAUCACUGAAAUUCCUGCAAAUGCAUUCCAAGGCAUUACCAAAGAUGCGCUAACGGUGAUGUUAUACAGUAAUGGCUUUACUAAAAUCCAGCACCAUGCCUUCAAUGGGACAAAGCUAGAUGCUAUAUAUCUUCACCGAAACAAAGAACUUACAGAACUGAGUGAAGACAUGUUCGCAGAAACCAUUAGUGGUCCAGUGCUGCUUGAUGUUUCAGACUCAGGAGUUACCUCCCUUCCAGCAACAGGACUGGAGUCACUUCGGGAACUCAGCGCUCGGAAUGUUUGGGCCCUUAAAAAGCUUCCAUCAGUCAAAACCUUCAGACAUCUGAUUGGUGCUGAUAUGACUUAUCCUAGUCACUGCUGCGCAUUCAAGAACCUUAAGAAAAAGAAAGGGUACCUGGAUUACAUCAUUUGUAACUUGACUGCAAUGCGUGGCCAACACUAUGAACGAUCAGUAGGCAGAAUUACCGUUCCAGCUGUCAUGGAUGGUACAGACAAAGGCAUUGACAUAAGUGACCCACUACUUGGUAAUACCUAUGACCACCAUGACUUCCUACGUAGCCUACAUUAUCAUGAAUUUCUUGGUGGGCAUGCUGACUAUGAUAUGGGAUUUGGGGACACACUGAAGAAUCCCCAGAUAGCCACCAGCCAGGACUUUGAUAGUCAUUAUGACUAUGUUGUAUGUGAGGAUGGAGAGGCUGUGACAUGUGCCCCAGCUCCUGAUGACUUCAACCCCUGUGAGGACAUCAUGGGUUUCAGCUUCCUGAGAGUGUCUGUUUGGUUUGUCAGUUUGUUGGCUGUACUUGGAAACAUGGUAGUGCUCUUUGUGCUGCUCACCAGUCAUUACAAACUAUCUGUCUCCCGGUUCCUUAUGUGCCAUCUGGCCAUUGCUGAUUUGUGUAUGGGUAUCUAUCUGCUUCUCAUUGCCUCAGUUGACCUUUAUACGCAGUCAGAAUACUACAAUCAUGCCAUAGACUGGCAGACAGGACCAUGGUGUACCCUCGCUGGAUUUAUCUCCAUAUUUGCAACUGAGUUGUCAGUUUACACAUUGACCACUAUCACUUUGGAGCGCUGGCAUGCCAUCAAUUUUGCAAUGCAAUUAGAUCGUAAGCUGCGUUUGUCCCAUGCCUCUGCUGUCAUGCUUGGGGGUUGGCUGUUAUGCCUCCUGCUUGCCCUUAUGCCUGUGUUGGGAGUGAGCAGUUACCAAAAGGUCAGUAUAUGCUUGCCCAUGAGCACUCAGAACCUGUUGGACCAGGUCUACAUUUUAUUUAUAUUAGUCAUCAAUAUUGUGGCCUUUGUGGCCAUCUGUGCCUGCUACAUUAAAAUCUACUGUGCAGUGCACAACCCCAAUUAUACAUCAUCCAGAAAAGAUAGCAGCAUUGCUAAGCGCAUGGCUGUGCUAAUUUUCACAAACUUUCUCUGCAUAGCACCAAUCUCCUUCUAUGCAAUCUCGGCUGCGCUGGAUCAUCCACUCAUAACCAUUUCAAACUCCAAGAUCCUGCUGGUGCUUUUCUACCCACUGAACUCCUGCGCUAAUCCUUUUCUCUAUGCCAUAUUUACAAAGGCCUUUCAGGGCGAUGUAUUUAUCUUGCUCAGCAAGAUUGGCCUGUGUGAACAGCAGGCCAAACUGUUCCGAGGCCAAACCAUCUCCACAAGAGCAAGUAGUGGAGACACAAACAGGCGUGGAAUAAAAACAAAAAUCCUAACCCGAUGGAAUGUUCAAGCCACUGCUACCUGUCACCAAUCCAGUGUCAACAAGGACAAUAAUACAUCAAGAGGCAGGAAAUGUGAACCUACUGCUAAUAAGUCCAAGCACAUUCAAGGGAUGAACUCAACUAUGGUAUUUUAUUGAACCAAUUGUUUACUUAUAUAAAUCUGUUUUUUUGUUUGUUUGUUUUUUUGGAGCAGAUAGUGUGAUUAAAAUUAUGUACACACAUGUAAUUACUGUUGUAUGCACUUGCAUUGCAUUGGGGUGAAAAAAAUUAGAAAUUAAAUGAGUUUCACAUAAAUGCGCUCAUUAUUCUAUCCUGCUUUAUUCUAUCCUGUAUUAACCAUCUUUCUGUAAUAAACAUUUUUACCUUC